AUGGCAUUGAAAUUGACAAGGACUGCACCUGAGCACGCUCAGGAAGGUCUGGAGGCAACAACCCGCUCGAAUUCUACCACCUUAUUGACGGUUGACCUGGUGAAGGACAACCCCAAUGCUCGCAUUUCCUCCAUGUUGUACAGCUUAUUUGUCUUGUUUUUUUUCUCUGGAAAAGAUACAGCAGAGCGAUUUUCUUGGUCUACCUUUCCAAAUCCCCACCAACAGAGUGGGAGCGCCAAUCUGCCCAUGACAGAUGACUUGAGAGAAUUGCAUUCAAUUCUUUCCUUGGAAAAGGUACCCACAAAAUUCCUCUGUAUCCCAGGAGAUAUUCUUGCAUCUUGUUUGUACUUCCCCACCAACAGUGGGAGCGCCAAUCUGUCGCCUGACAUGAUUGACUAG